AUGGUGAAGAGGAAGAAGGAUUUUCAGAAGAUGGAGAAGGUUCACGAUUGGUUGGUCAAUAUUCUCGAGGGGCUCGGGCUCCACGCCGGAGUUUUCAACCCUGCCGAGCAGAAACAGAUCGUGGAUUGCAUCUAUGCCUUCCAGAAAAAAGGUCGGAACGGUGAGCUCAGAGAACGAACGUAUUCGGAGCCGAGGAAAUGGAUGCGCGGUCAAGUUCGGAUAACAAUUCAGUUCGGUUGCUGCUAUAAUUACGCAGUGGACAAGCAUGGCAACCCUCCAGGCAUAAUUCGCGACGAACAAGUCGAUCCCAUUCCCCCUUUGCUGAAUAUCUUUGGAUGUUUCGUCCCAGAUCAAAUUCAAGCUUCAAAUUUUCUGUUUGAUGAUUGA